ACGGCGCACUGCGUGUACACGAAUCACGAAGAGAUCAUCCAAUCUGUCGAAAACGCUCGAGGACCGCCGGGAACCGGGAUGCCCUCUCACUGACGGGUUCUAGCUGGAUAGCGCGCCAGGAUGCUCGGCCGUGUCCGCGCCGCUUUCUUCAGCCUGGUGGUUGCCACAUCUCUGUUGCAAGGCACUCAGCAGCAAGGAAGCAGGCAGAGCAGAGAAGUAAUAUUGAACAUCAGUGAUGACCAGAAAACACAAUAUCUAAAUCAAGACUUCUACUCAAAUGCAUACAACUAUGGAUAUGAAAUUAGUCCAAGUGGACAGUUCCAUCACGAGGCUCGAGGACCAGACGAUAUAACGUAUGGUUGCUAUGGAUACAUAGACCCGUACGGAAAACUAAAGACAACAUUUUACAUAAGCGAUGGUUGGGGAUAUCGAGUCGUCCAACCAGGUCAAACAAUUGAAUUGUUUUUACAUGAGCAUGAACAUCACCAACAUGACGACUCGGUCCAACAUGAGCAUGAACAUCACGACCACCACGGGGUAAUGACAGAAUGGAAGGACCUGUACUUUCCAGAAGUAUGUAGACAUUUCGACGGUACAAGCAAUAACCCAAGCAUGGUUCCACCAUCAGGUCAACCACCUAGCACGGGUGGAUCAACUGGCGGAGGAACACCAAUACCAGGCCAACCGCAAUAUCCAGUACCACCAGGAUAUCCCGGAAUUCCUGAUACACCGGGCACACCUGGGUAUCCUGGAACACCGGGCCAACCUGGUUAUCCUGGAACACCAGGACAUCCUGGCGCUCCCGGAACACCUGGAACACCAGGCAGUCCGGGACAAUCAGGAUAUCCUGGACAACCAGGAACACCUGGCACACCCGGUACUCCAGGAAGACCACCUCGACCCGGACAUCCCGGAAUUCCUGGCACACCUGAUAUUCCUGGUAUACCAGACAAACCAGAAUAUCCUAGUACACCUGGAGGACUGCAUCCACCGGGACAACCUGUAACUCCAGGAUACCCGGGGAUACCUGGAACGCCAGGGAGACCAGGAACACCUGGCAAACCUGGCACCCCCGGAACUCCAGGAAAUCCNGGUAUACCACCUCUACCCGGAUACCCUGGAACUCCUGGAUACCCAGGAACACCGGGAAAACCCGGUUUCCCCGGAAUACCUGUAGGACCACCUGAACCUGGACACCCUGGAACUCCUGGAUAUCCUGGGACUCCCGGCACACCUGGGACACCAGGUUAUCCCGGAACGCCUGGUAUACCUGGAAAACCGCCACAACCGGGUCACCCUGGAAUACCUGGCACUCCCGGCACUCCCGGUAUUCCAGGCAAACCAGGGUAUCCUGAUACACCUGGACAACUACCUCCGCUGGGACACCCUGGAACACCAGGAUACCCUGGGGCACCAGGAACGCCAGGACGACCGGGCACUCCUGGUCUUCCUGGACCACCUGGUGAACCCCCUCAUUCCGGUUAUCCUGAAAUUCCUGGAAUCACUGGUAUACCGGGCAAACCUGGACGACCGAAUAAGCCUGGAAAGCCCGGCCAUAACGGUUCUCCUGAUAUGCCUGGGGGUAAUCUCCAUCCACCAGGAGGAAUCCCUGGUCUGGAAAUUGUUCCUGGUACUCCGCCGCAUACGCCACAAUCUGAAUAUCCUGGAAGCCCUGGAAUAUCAGGAGUGCCCGGUAGGCCAGGUAAACCCGGAAAGCCUGGGCAUCAUGGGAAGCCAGGACACCACGGAAAACCGGGACAGAAUGGAAAGCCAGGACACAAUGGAAAACCAAUGUCACCAGAGUCUCCAGCUGGCCCUGCAUACCCCGGAUAUCCAGGUUCUCCUGGAACUCCGGGAAUACCUGGAUCGCCGGGAAUACCAGGAACACCUGGGAAACCAGGAUUUCCUGGAACUCCUGGCACAUCAGGUAAACCUGGAGAUUCAGACAGUCCAGGUGGACCUGGCACACCACCUUAUCCACCUCAUCCAGGAUAUCCUGGAAUACCAUCAACUCCUGGCUCACCUGGUGCACCCGGAACGCCAUCGUAUCCAGGGUACCCUGGUACUCCUGGUAGGCCGGGAUCACCUGGCGCUCCUGGAAUUCCAAGCACACCAGGCACUCCAGCCCAUCCUGGAUAUCCGCAAAUACCAACUCCUCCACCACACCCUGGAUAUCCUGUAUACCCUGGAACUCCGGGCACUCCUGGAACUCCAGGGAUACCAGGUACUCCAGCUCAUCCCGGAUAUCCAGGUACUCCAGGCAUACCCGGUACUCCUGGCACGCCAGGCAGACCUGGAAGGCCUGGUAAACCUGGAAGACCUGGUACACCCGGCACUCCACCUUACCCACCACAACCCGGCCAUCCUGGAACUCCCGGUAUUCCUGAGACACCUGGAACACCAGGAUCACCUGGAUAUCCUGGAACACCUGGAACUCCAGGAUCACCUGAAUAUCCUGGAACACCUGGCAAACCAGGUAAACCUGGUCAUCAUGGACAUCCUGGAACGUCAAAACCAGGUCAUGGUCAGUUUCCGCAAUAUCCAGGAUAUCCUAGUGAACCGCAAGCACCAAUUGGAGAUGUGGGUCCUGAUGGUCCCAAUGGGCCAUGGCCUAAUGGUCCUGAUGGGCCCGAAGGAUCGGGCGGCCUAGGAGGUCCCGAGGGUCCUGGCGGCCCCAUCGGCGGUAUUGGAGGUGAUGGCGGAGUGGGUGGCGAGGGCGGCGUUGGACCAGAUGGUCCGGAUGGUCCAUGGCCAACUGGCUCACCUGGUCCUGACGGUCCAUGGCCCGGUGAUCCAGAUUACGUAUCCGGCGUGAAGGCAACAUCUGCAGCUCAUUACGAGGGACCGAUAAAGCUUCAGUACCCAUUAAAGCAGUACGAGCCCACGACUUCGCCUAGCUUAAGGGAACCACCUUUCGGCAGCUACGGACAAAAACAGGUGGAUCGGUUAACUUCUGCGUCUCAGUUUGAUUCGGGUUACAAACGAGGUGAAUCGGACGAUGAAAACUACGAGAAAUACGUGGAAUCCACUGGCUUCCAAUACCCAAUCAAAAUCAGCAGUCCCUUUGGCUCAAAAGACACGCGCUACCAAGCUCAAUACAAUCAAGGACAAGUGAACCUGGACGCAGACACCAUUAAUGCUCUUCUUCAACGGAAAGAAUCUCGCAAAUACGUGGACCAGCAGAACGAGAAUAUUCCUGUGACGAAGACAGUGCGGCUGGAAAACACCUAUAACGAAGUGAAGACCAAUGGCAGGUACGCCGGCGAGGAAGAGUUCGAUCAGAGCUCUCGGGGACAUCGUAAAUUUUCUCAGCAGGUGAACAAAGUCAACCAACCCGACCGAGGCCGCCCUAUCGUUCAGGUGGAGACGAACGGCGGCCGCGACGAGACGCAGAAGAACGUAAGGUAUCAGUCAACGGAUGGCGAUAACGCGGCUCUGAUCAAACAGGUAAACGAAUUGUCCGAGCCGUUAGAGCCUAGACCAGGCGUGACUGCUAUUGGGGUACAGCCUCCAAGCAACAAGCCCUACCAACAGUCAAUAGGGCCAGAUCCCCAAACCUGUCCUUGCUACCUUGUCGAGCCGAGCAAUGAUACAACGACUACCACGAGCACGACACCCGUUCCCCUUAUCGGUCAGCUUGGCUUCAUUCCCGUGGUAUUCAUACCAUACUGUCCAGGCGACGAGACGGACAGCCAAACCAUGAAAGACAUGUUCCCGUCCGCUAUGCCUGUCCCGUACACGUGCAACGCAUGCGGUUCGCAGACCGGCCAGAUCGAAACGAAGCUUCUCAGCCUGAAUCAGCUUGGGAACAUCGAGAACCUGCGCGAGGCGUUGCGUCAAGCGAAACUCGGCUUUUUGAAUGUUUCAGCUCGUAGCCGAACCGAGAGGCGACGAACGAAAACACGGAACGCCAAGAGAAGAGUGUAA